AUGGCUCCUCAGCCGACUGCGGACUCGCACGAGUCCUCCUCAGACCAGUCCAUGAGCGACACCUCUCUUGGUUCGGCACAGAAACAACCGAUUCAAGACACCAACAUCUUGCCUGCCACGCCUGCCACGCCUGACAAGGCUACCCUAUCACUGCCGGACAACGACUUGGAAAAGGCUCGACAGGAUGGCCAUGCCGCGCCAGCGCCAGCGUACUGCGCCCUCCCCGCGGCUCGUCGACGCUUCAUCCUUGGCAUUGUUACCGUCGCGGGACUCCUCGGGCCCCUGGCCGGCGCCAUUUACCUCCCGGCAUUGCCUGUGCUGGAGAGGGAGUUCAACGUCGGCUCCACGGCCCUCAAUGCGACGGUCUCGGUCUUCAUGGUGACCUUUGCGUUUGCCGUGAGUCCUCCACCCCCCGACGCCAUCGGCCUUGUCCCGCCGGGCCUGAGCGAGGCCCCGCUCUUCUGGGCCAGUCUCGCCGAUGUCCAAGGCCGACGACCGUUGUACAUCAUCUCGCUGGCCGUCUACAUCUUCGCCAACAUCCUGAUCGCGUCGCUGCCCAAGAAUUUCGGCGCCCUGGUAUUCUUGCGUCUCGUUCAAGCAUUUGGAUCGGCCGCCGUCGUUUCCAUGGGCGCCGGCACCGUCGCGGAUAUCACGGAACCGAAGCGACGCGCCACCGCCAUGUCCCUGUUUCUGCUUGGUCCCCAGUGCGGUCCCAUCAUCGGUCCCGUCCUCGGAGGCGCCUUGGCCGGGCAGACGAGCUGGAGCCGCUCAGCCAUCUCUGGCCUCGUCCUGUGGCUCGUUGUCAUCUUCAUGCUGCCCGAAACGCUUCGGUGCCGCGUCGGCAACGGCGAAAUCCACAGCAACGGCUCUUGGAUACUUCUGCCGCCCAGACUCGCCUCGGAUCUCGCGCCGGAGCCUCGGAGAGGACCGAAACCCCCCAAGCCCACUCUGCUGGCCUACUGGAGGCUCUUCUCCUACGCCCCGAUCGGCAUCGUCUCCGUCAACACGGCGAUACUCUACUCGACCUAUUUUGCCAUCGCCGUCCAUCUCCCCCACGCCCUGGAAGAUGUCUACCGCUGGUCCACGACGGCCGUAGGUGCCGGGUAUCUCGCCGUCGGCAUCGCCCUCGUCAUCGGAUCCGUCAUCGGUGGUCGCGUCAACGAUUGGCGCCGCGCGCGACUCGUCAAGGCAGCGCCGGACGGGCAUGUCGAGCCCGAGACGAGAUUGGCCGACCAGGCAUGGGGUGUCAUGCUGUGCGCCGCUGGCACCAUCAUGUUUGGCUGGUUCGUCGACCGCUCCGUCCACGCUGCGGCAGUCCUGAUUGCUACCUUCCUGACUGGCUUCGGCAUGAGCUGGGUUUUCAUUGCGACGACCGCAUUCUUGUCCGAGUGUGUCCCCCAGCAAGCCGCCGGCGCGUUUGCGCUCGGAAACAUGCUCCGGAAUCCGGGCGCCGCCAUCGCGGCAGUCAUCCUUCCCCCCCUCGUAUCCAAGAUGGGCGUCGCAUGGUUCUUCACUGGCUUGGGCAUCUUGGAUGCCGUGGUUGUCGGCGGUGCCGUCAUACUCUUGCGCAUACGCGGCCCUUAUUGGAGGGAGCAGAGAAAGGCCAAGGCGCAGAAUGCGAAGAGCGGAGGGUAA